AUGCAUUUUGGAUCAGCUGAAUUGGUCUCAGGACUUCAUCUUUCUAUAACUGGCGUUCUGGGUUUCCGGACUGUGCAUCAGGUGGAACCGAAGGCCCAACUUCUGCUGGUUUCAGGUACAAGUACAUCAAAUGGUGGUGAUGCCCACACUUCAUCAAGUCCUGACCUCCAAAAAAAUGUUUCUACUAUUGGCGAAGAAAAGUUGAUUGAACAUCGUCAUGAAACCUGUGAAACUUCGGAUAUAUUGUUGACUCCAAAAUUCUUAGAAGAUGAUAAGAAUUCCGAAAGUAGAGCAGUAGGCAUUCAACAUGAUGGUAUUGCUGCUACUCGUUUGAAGGGAGUCCAACAGGCUGUUGUUCUGGCACACUGUCUCUAUAUCGAGCGGAGCACUCGGCAUGAUGAAAUGCAAAGGUGGGAAAUGGCCCCAUAUAUAGAGGCAAUUGACUCCCAGCAGUUGUCAUUCUUCAUGAUCCAGUGUUUUUGUGACAUACUACGUAUUCGAUGGGAGUCAACUCGUAAUCGCACAAAGCAGCGUGCUUUGGUUAUGAUGGAUAAACUGGUGGGAGAUAUAUUUACUAAGGUCCAGGGGGUCCAUGAACCUUCUGUUGGAGUUGCACAGCGGAUCCACUAUUGUUAUGGAGUCAAUAUUCCAACUAUUCCUGCACUUCGCAAGGAAUAUGGUGAUCUUUUGGUUAGUUGUGGAUUGGUUGGGGAGGCAGUUAAGGUUUUUGAGGAUCUUGAGCUGUGGGAUAAUCUAAUAUACUGUUACCGGAUGUUGGACAAGAAAGCGGCAGCUGUGGAUCUCAUUAAGACACAACUGUCUCAAAGGCCCAGUGACCCAAGGUUAUGGUGUUCCCUAGGUGAUAUUACAAAUAAUGAUGCCUGCUAUGAGAAAGCCCUAGAAGUUUCAGAGAAUAGGUCUGCUCGAGCAAAGAGGUCCCUUGCGCGUAGUGCAUACAACAGGGGGGACUAUGAGACAUCCAAAAUCCUAUGGGAGUCUGCAAUGGCACUAAAUUCAUUGUACCCAGAUGGAUGGUUUGGACUUGGUGCCGCUGCCUUGAAGGCUAGGGAUGUUGAGAAGGCAUUGGAUGGGUUCACGCGUGCUGUUCAACUUGAUCCUGAAAAUGGGGAGCAUGGAACAAUAUUGCUUGUUUCGUCUUGUUUCGCCUCAUCAUGGCAAAACUCACAAGAGUCAGUAGGACUUAGGAGGCAUAUGAUCAAGAGGAAAAGCAAAGAGGCUUUCAUUGCAUUUAAAGAAGCUCUGAAGUUUAAGCGAAACAGCUGGCAACUAUGGGAGAACUAUGGUCAUGUUGCUGCAGAUGUUGGCAAUAUAAACCAGGCAAUGGAAGCUGUUCAAAUGGUGUUAGAAUUGAGCAAAAAUAAAAGAAUUGAUGCUGAGUUAUUAGAAAGGAUAAUGCUAGAGAUUGAAGCACGAGUUUCAGCUAGCCAUUCUCCGUCUCCAGUAGCCACUAAUAAUGAUGAUUUUAGCAAUCACAGUCUUGCUGAUUCUGAUAUUCAUUAUGUGAAGGAGGUGACACGUUCAGAAAUAGACUUGGCAAGGACACGGGAAACUGAGCACUUGAUGGAGCUGCUUGGAAAAAUCUUGCAGCGGAUUGUUCGAAGUGCUGGGGGAGCAGAGAUAUGGGGAUUAUACGCAAGGUGGCACAAACUCAAGGGGGAUCUUACAAUGUGCUCUGAGGCCCUUCUAAAGCAAGUUAGAUCAUACCAGGGAUCUGAUUUGUGGAAAGAUCAAGAUCGUUUUAAGAAGUUUGUACAUGCUUCAUUGGAACUCUGUAGUGUGUAUAUGGAACUUGCUUCCCGUAGUGGUACACAUCGAGAACUGAUUGCAGCUGAGAUGCAUCUAAAGAGCACAAUUAAACAGGCAAGUGACUUGAUUUUACAUGCUGGGAAUUUCUCCAAAACAGAAGAAUUUAGGGACCUCCAGGCUUAUCUUGAUGAGGUGCAAAACAAAUUGCGAGCUAGUUCAGAAUCCGCUGCAUGA